AUGUCUCUAGUCACAUGUUUAAUAGUCUUUGUGGCUAUGGUUGCGUUUUUCUCUAUCAGAAAGGCGCGGUUGUGGGCCAAGCUGCCUCCAGGACCACCUCGUCUACCUUUCAUUGGCAAUCUGCAUCAAGCACCUACUAAUGCUCUCUGGCUUACCUUUCAAAAUUGGGUCAAGCAAUAUGGCCCCUUGGUAGGACUCGACUUUGGCGGUACUAUUAUAAUCAUCGUCGGCGACUACGAGACGGCUCGCGACCUGUUGGACAAGCGUGCCAGCAUCUACAGCAGCCGUCCACGCAUGGUCAUGGCGCAAGAGCUUGUCUGCAAAGGUCACAACAUUUUGUUUAGGCCGUCUGGAGCUGACCUAUCGCGUCACCAACAGAUGGAGGCUCCUGUUUUGAGCCCACGCGCAUCAACUUCCUACACUCCACUGCAAGACAUCGAGAGCCGCAUUUUACUCAAGAAUUUCCUAAACACCAAUGACUAUGAGAUUCAGUUCGAACGAUACGCUGCAAGUAUCGUGUACACUCUAGCAUAUGGACUGCGCGUUGAAACAGGCAAAGAAUGGCAGCUUCAGGUCAAUCACCAAAAUGUGGAACAUCUUGUAUUGGCAGGAGAAAUGGGUAGAUGGAUAGUGGACUCUCUACCAUUCCUCAAGUAUCUACCUGGUUUCCUAGCUCCAUGGAAGAAAACGGCAGAAAAAUGGCAUCGAGAGUGUACAGACAUGGCAACAACAAAUAUGCAAGACGCUCUUAGCCGUGAUGGAUGGAACUGGAGCAAAGACUUUGCAAACUCCAAAGAAGCAAAACAAAUGCCUAAAGUCGAAUUGGCCUGGGAUUUGAGCAUGUUGUGCGACGCGGGCAUUGAGACGACAAAUAUGAUGCUUCAAAUCUUUACGCUCGCAUGUCUGGCGUAUCCAUACUGGAUUCCGAUCGCACAAAGGGAACUGGAUUCCGUGGUGGACGACGGAAGACUGCCCAGUUUCGAAGAUCUCGACAAAUUGCCAUAUAUUCACGCUGUUAUGGAAGAAAUCUUUCGAUGGCGCCACAUUCUUCCUACUGGCAUCCCACAUGCAACCACAAAGGAUGAUCACUACAAAGGCUUCCUCAUACCUAAGAACUCAAUCAUAAUCCCUCUCUUCAUCUCUAUGCGCAACGACUCCAGCCUGUACCAAGCACCUUCUGAGUUUAGGCCGGAGCGUUGGCUCAAUGGGAAGGCGCAAUCCGGAAAUUUUGGGUAUGGUCGCAGAAUCUGCCCAGGCCGCUUCAUCGCACGCAACUCCUUGGCGAUUGCGGUUUCGAGACUACUGUGGGGAUUCAAUAUCACAGGGAGACAGAUGUUCGUUGAUGAGGAUUCGUUUACGAAAGGGUUUGUGUCAAGUCCUAAGCGGUUUGAGGCGUAUUUCGAAGCCAGGAGUGAAAAGCAUAGAACUCUGAUCGAGAUGGGAUAUCAGCAGGAGGAUAAAGAUGUCCCGAAGUUGCUCGAUGAAAUCAGGGCACGGCAGGUAGCAUCGGGACUAACUCCACGCACUUAG